GAACCGGGGCCGUAGUGGGCGGGUCUAGGAGAGCAGCUCCAAAGAUCAAGUCAGAUAGGAAAAUUCACCAUUCCCUUAGGUACUUAAGUGAACAACUUGUUCUCUAACCGGGGGCUGGUUUUCCUGUCCUGGUUAUUUCUGGACCUAGGGAAAACUCGGGCCUGGAAGAGUCAGCCGUCAGCUGUGCAGCGGCGGACACCGCAGCCCCGCGGCCCUGGAACCUCCCAGGUCUGUCUCCCACUGCUCAUCCUAAUCUGUUUACCCAUGAAUCAGAACUCAGAACACUGGAUGGUGACUACAACAAAGGAUCCAGUUUAUUUAUAUGGUGGAUUAUGUUGAUGGAUGUUCAUAUAUAGAACCAUCCAAGCAUUCCUGGGAUGAAGCCUAUUUGAUCUUGAUGAAUGAUGAUGUCUUUGAUGUGCUCCUGGAUUGGGUUUAUGCAGAACUCUCAGAUACCUCUCCAGCAUCACAUCUGCCUGCAUGCUGCCAUGCUUCCUUCCUUCCAUGAUGAUAAGUGACCAAACAUCUGAAACUUUUGUUUUCCUGAAAAAGGAACUCGGAGAGUAACAAGAGGAAGAAUGACUGCUUCUCUGCUAAAUGUUUCCAAGUGUUCAUGGAUGUGCAGACAUGUGAAAUUUGUUUGUCUUUGGAGAGUCUGCCCAGUGCUUAGUGUGGAUCUGUUAAGAUUCAAGGACGUGGCUGUGGAAUUCUCACAGGAGGAAUGGGAAUGUCUUGACUGUGCUCAGAGGGCAUUGUACAUGGAUGUGAUGCUGGAGAAUUACAACAAUCUAUUUUUUGUGGUUUUUUCAGAAAAUGAUCAUAUAUGUUACAAAUAUAAGAAUGUCUUGGAUGAAGACGCACAGCAAAUUGUCCACCAGCAUUUGAAUAUCCAAGAGAAGUCUUAUAAAUGCCAUGAGCUUGCUAAAAUCACCCAUGCAUCCACCCAAAAUAGUCCUUAUAAAAUUAACCUCAGAGAUACAACUGUUGAAUCAUCAAAGCUAAACAGACAUAGAACUGGAAACAUCAGAGAACCUUGUAAAUAUAAAAAUUGUGUAAACUGUUUAAGUGUGUGUUCUAUCAUUAGUCUAAAUCAAGGAAUCCACAUAAAUAAGAAAGAACACAAUGGUACAGAGUUUGAUAAGAUUUUUGAGUCUAAAGAAAAACGCAUGCUGAAACCAACCAAUAGUGGAAAGAAACCUUACAAAUGUAGUGAAUGUGAGGAAUGCUUCACCCAGCUAUGCGAUCUUAAAAGUCAUCAGCGAAAUCAUAUAGGAGAGAAACUUUGCAAAAGUAGUGAACAUGACAACUGUUUUGCCCUCAAAAGUGAUCUUAGAAUUCAUCAGCCAGUUCAUACAAGAGGGAAACCUUACAAAUGUAAUGAAUGUAUCAAAUCUUUUACCCAGAAAUCCAGUUUAAAAAGACAUCAGAGAAUUCAUACAGGAGAAAAACCUUACAAAUGUAGUGAAUGCAACAAAUGCUUUUCCCAUAAAUACAUUCUUAUUAUUCAUCAGAAAAUUCAUACAGGAGAGAAACCUUACAAAUGUAAUGCAUGUGGCAAAUGCUUUACCCUGAAAGGAGAGCUUAGAAUUCAUCAGAGAAUUCAUACAGGAGAGAAACCUUACAAAUGUAGUGAAUGUGACAAAUCUUUUACCCAGAAAGGCCAACUUAUAAUUCAUCAGAGAAUUCAUACCGGAGAGAAACCCUACAAAUGUAGUGAAUGUGACAAAUGCUUUAUCAAAAAAUACAGUCUUGUAACUCAUCAGAGAAUGCAUACAGGAGAGAAUCCUUACAAAUGUAGUGAAUGUGACAAAUGCUUUACCCUCAAAAGUGGUCUUAGAAUUCAUGAGAGAAUUCACACAGGAGAAAAACCUUACAAAUGUAGUGAAUGUGACAAGUCUUUUAUCAAAAAAAUCUAUCUUAGAAUUCAUCAGAGUGUUCAUAUAGGAGAGAAACUUUACAAAUGUAGUGAAUGUGACAAAUGCUUUAUGCACAAAUGCAGCCUUAGUAGUCAUCAGAGACUUCAUACAGGAGAGAAACCUUACAAAUGUAGUAUAUGUGACAAAUGCUUUACCAGCAAAGGCUAUCUUGGAAGUCAUCAGAGAAUUCAUACAGGAGAGAAACCUUACCAAUGUAGUGAAUGUGACAAAUGCUUUACCCACAAAGGCAGUCUUAAAAGACAUGAGAGAAUUCAUACAGGAGUGAAACUUUACAAAUGAAGUGAAUGAGACAAAUCUUUUACCAAGAUAGACCAUCUUAGAACUUAGUAGAGAAGACAUAUAGUAGAGAGACAUAUAAAUGUAGUAAAUAUGCAGACACUUUACUGUUGGCUCAUCUCAUAGAAUUCUUCAGAGAAUAUAUACAGGAGAGAACCUCACAAAUGUGAGAGAAGGCCUUUUCCCGAAUCUCAUAUGUAACAAUAUAUCUGGAAAUUUAUAGCGGGGGUGGGGGAGGAACUCUUCACAGGAAAAAAAUGUAGCAUGUACUUUAUCCAGGUGGUAUUUUCCAUGGCACUUGAGGCUCCAUACUAGAAAAUUAUUAUGAACAUGACAAACUUGUAAAAGUCUUCAAGUCUUAGAAGCAAGUAUUUUUGCUGAGAGAAACUCUGAAAAUAUGACAAUGAAGAAAAUUACUUAUUCUCAAAUAUUUCAUGAUGGAGACAAAGUGAGAAAGCCAGAAGAUGUGGUAUUGUGUAACAGUGCUUUGAAACCAAAAUAAUUCAAUGGAAAAGGAAAGUGAUUAUUGCAGCUAAUAUACCUCUCAAAAAUAAUACUGAAACUAAUAGCAUUCUGUAUGUUUAACUCAAAUGAAGAAACUCAGACAAAUUAUACUUCUUAAAAGAGGAUAGAUAGGACCAACUGAGCCACCAACAUAAUAUGGUCUUUAUCCUGUUGAUAUACCUACAGAUAUGCAGUUUUCUCCCAGUGUCUAGUAUUCAUGAUCUGUAUCAUAUUCUGGUUUCAAAUUUCUGCAUAGCUAACUGUCUUUGUGUCCCUUGUGCUGUUGUCAACAACUUCUUGCUCAUAUUCCUGUAUGUAACUACAAUAAAAUUCAUUGGUUUAUGAACUUA